AUGUCAAAUCUUGCAAAGCUUGAAUUUGCGGCCCUUAAUAUUUCGGGGGAGAAUUAUUUAUCAUGGAUUUUAGAUGCUGAAAUUCAUCUAGAUGCAAUGGGUCUGGGUGAUGCUAUUAAAGAAGGAAAUAAAGCAUCUGAACAAGAUAAAGCUAAAGCUAUGAUUUUCCUUCGUCGCCAUCUUCAUGAAGGGUUGAAAAUUGAAUAUCUUACUGUAAAAGACCCUUCUGUAUUAUGGAAAAAUUUAAAAGAAAGAUAUGACCACCAGAAAACUGUGAUUUUGCCAAAAGCUCGUUAUGAUUGGAUGCAUUUACGGUUGCAAGAUUUUAAAACUGUAAGUGAAUAUAAUUCUGCAAUGUUUAGAAUUACUUCUCAAUUGACUCUAUGUGGAGAAAGAAUUACUGAUGAGGAUAUGUUGGAAAAAACAUUCUCAACUUUUCAUGCAACUAAUUUGCUUUUGCAACAACAAUAUCGUGAAAAAGAACACUACUCCAUUUCCAUCACAUGGCCACCACCAUGUACACCGAUGCACCUCAUGGAAGACUCAUUACCUUCCCUCCACAUGGCCACCACCAUGUAUAUUAAAGUACAUCAGGGAAACUCUUUCCAGUCCUUUCAAGCCACAACCAUGUUAGCAGUGUUCUAA